AUGAUCGAAAUCUGGCAGCGGUAUUCGAAGCCAAUGCAAUUAGCGUUUCUGGACUUUGAUGACACUUUCGACUGUCCUCACCGAGGCCGUCUUCUCAAAGCGCUCCGCGCCGAUGGAGUACCAGGAAAGUUCGUUCGCUCGCUUGAUGACAUGAAUCAGCCAACAAUUGCUGCAGUUAUAACACCAGCCGGAUGUACGACACUGUUUAAGGUGGUAGCUGGAGUAAGACAAAUUACCCUUGGGCUAAAGUAUGCCACAAUGAAGUUCUCUAUGCAGAAAUUGAUGUGGUAUCCGGCGGAUGACACGUAG